AUGUCCGUUCCUACAAGGCUCCAGGCCAAGCAAAUGCGAAGCAGGCCACACCAGUUGCACACUUUUGGAAUCAGUAACCUUCUAACAGAUCCGUUUGCAAUUUCUUCGCUUUCAAUCGGACUCAUCGCAUGGAUCGUUACCAUUGCGGGCUCGAUUCCCGCAGCGAGUACUACAGACAGUUUUCCGCGAUUCACUUGGUGGGGGAUAGUUUACGAAUUUCUGGUUAUGGUUGCUAUCACGGUUUUUUACUGUUUUGAUAUCGUGGCCUACUACAAGACGUUUCUGACGGGGGCCAUCGCUGUCGCAUUUGUCUAUACGACAAACAGUGCCACCUAUCUGGUAUACAAUGACGGUUCAAGCAUGGCAGCUGCGUCUGCAGGCGUAAUUCUUCUCUCCAUGAUCAAUUUGAUAUGGAUUUUCUAUUUUGGCGGAGACAGUGCAGCACCGACGAACAGGUGGAUAGAUUCUUAUUCUCUCAAGGGCAUUCGGCAUUCUGUUUUGGAAACUUCCAUUGCUUUAAGUGAGAACGCAUAUCCACGUGCUGCAAGUCGGCACGUCUCUCGAUAUUCAAGUUCCCCCCGAAUUUACGACAACGCAGGUCCUCCAGAUACCGGGUUUUAUCCCGAAUCUCAACAUUAUGUUUCUUCUACGGCUUUGAAUGGUUUUGAGAACACGGAACCACCAAGCGCUCCCGCUCUGAAUUCAGGUAAUCUGAAUGCUAACAACAUCAACACUUAUAUUACAGAUAACACCAAUGGCAACACAGAGACUACUAUGGGGGAUACGUUGGGUCUCUACAGCGAUGCUGGUGAUGAACAAAGUAGCUUUCCCUAUACCGCAAGAGCCCUUUAUUCUUAUAACGCUGACGCCUCAGACGCUUAUGAAAUAUCAUUCGAGCAAGGAGAGAUUUUGAAAGUUGGGGAUAUUGAGGGGAGAUGGUGGAAGGCUAAACGAUCUAAUGGUGACACGGGUAUCAUACCCAGCAACUACGUUCAGCUUAUCGAGGACGAUGUAGUAUAG